GUAUUCUUCUCCACGCUACACAACACAAAUACCCAAAAAGAUCAGACGAGAAAACACCCAAAUCAUGGAUUGCCCACAAAUUUCUCCCACUCUCAGCUUCGGCAGCGUUCCGAAUUUUCUGUUUACACCAUCCUUUUUCCGGUCAUCAUCUCCGUUUCCGGCCUAGUCUACUACUUCUCCCACCGGAACAAGGACAAGCAAAGAAAGUAUUACUCAAUUCGGUUGUAUAUGUGCACAUUUCUGAUGAUCUGCGAGAUCUACUGUUAUAGGGCAUUCGUGAAAUGGGCCACCUUUCAUUCAUGUUCAAUGGACUGGUGAAAUCUCUAUCACUCAAGAAAGGCCGAAAUUCAGGGAAUUGUAGCGCACGGGAGGCAGUGGAAGCCAUGGCAAGAGAUGCCAAGAAGAAUGGCUUGAUACUGCGGUCUUCAGGAACUGUUAAUGUUAGUGGAUCUAACAAUUUUGCAUCACAAUUCUCCAAAAGAGGCGAGAAAGGAGUGAACCAAGACUGCUUCAUUGUGUGGGAGGAAUUUGGGUGCCAAGAAGACAUGAUGUUUUGUGGGAUUUUUGACGGGCACGGUCCAUGGGGACAUUUUGUGGCAAAGAGGGUCAGAGAAGUGAUGCCUUCCUCCUUGCUGUGCAAUUGGCAGGAGACGCUUGCUGAAGCAGCUUCGCUUCAUCCUGAUUUUAAUUUGGAAGAUGAUGAUAAAAAGCUCUGCAGAUUUAAUAUAUGGAAGGAUUCCUACUUGAAGACUUGUGCUGCAGUUGAUCAGGAUCUCGGCCACCACCGGAAAAUCGACUCCUUCCACAGUGGAACCACUGCUCUCACAAUUGUUAGGCAGGGUGAACUUAUAUUCGUGGCAAAUGUUGGCGACUCCCGGGCUGUAUUGGCUGCCACUUCGGAUGAUGGCAGCUUGGUGCCAAUUCAACUUACUGUUGAUUUCAAGCCCAAUCUACCACAGGAAGCCGAGAGGAUAAUUCAAUGCAAGGGGCGAGUCUUUUUUUUGGAGGACGAGCCAGAGGUGCACAGGGUGUGGCUGCCGGAUGAGGAAUCGCCAGGGUUGGCAAUGUCUAGGGCAUUUGGGGACUACUGUGUGAAGGAUUUUGGGCUCAUUUCUGUGCCAGAAGUGACACACAGACGCAUAACCAGCAAGGACCAAUUUGUUGUGUUGGCCACAGAUGGAGUGUGGGAUGUGAUCUCCAAUGAAGAAGCUGUACAAAUUGUGUCCUCCACGGCAGACAGGGCAAAAUCGGCUAAGCGUCUGGUGGAGCUCGCUGCUCGUUCAUGGAAGCGCAAGAGGCAAGGAAUCGCAAUGGAUGAUAUUUCGGCUAUUUGUCUUUUCUUUCACUCUUCUUCUUCCUUGUUUUCGCACACUGUAACAAAGCCAAGAUAGCAGCAAUGAGAAAUGCAGAAGUAUAAGCAGAAGCAGAACCACCACUUCGUUCACUGUUGUAUCAAUCAACCAUAUAUGCUCGCUUCUGUUUCUUUCUUUUCCUGGAUGCAGCAGGCGAGCUUCUA